CAGUCUGAUCAUGUGAGUCAAUCUUUAACUCUCUUUUCAAUCAGUUACCAUCCUGAAUGAAGUGGAAAUUUGACACCAAGUUGUUUUUCCCAUCUGUCUGCACAUUGUUGUAGUCUGGUCAGAAGAGAAGCUCCUUGAAGAAGUGAAGCUAAAUCACACAAGAGCUCUCUCUGUUGCUGAACUUUGUGUCCAGAUUUCAUCAAGAUGCUGUCAGUCUCAAGGGGGUCCCAGUCAACUCCCUCAAAGGGGGAGGGUCCUCCUGAUGACUAUUUAGACGAUAUGGCCGAGGGUUUGCUCUUGUUUUUUAACCGGUUUCAGUGGUUUGAAGUUAAAAGUGAGAUUGAAAAGACUUGCGGCAUUAAAACAGAGCAUCUAUGGUCAGUUGAUGAGAUUGGUCAAGCUUGGGAAAUUGCGUCAUCAAAAGAAGAUCCCACCAGACAGCAGUGGGCCUGUGUGAUAACGUUUGAGAUGAUGGAAAGGUUUAGUUUUGAUGAAGAGGCAGGAGACCCAUCUGAUAGCCCAGCAGAUAGAUCAACUAAAAGCCAUGCAAAACCAAUGAUUCAGUCGAGAAGUGAUGAGAAAGAUGAGCAGGAGUUUGGUUUUCAUGCCGUUAAACGCAAACAAGCAGCAGAUUUAUCUGAAAGUACAAAAGCUCUGGACGGUGGGUUUGUUAGUUCUUCAGUCAUCGGCGUAAAAAUCCCACUCUCAGAGAAGUUUGGUAGGGAAGCCACCUCUGAACAAACUGGAACAGUCACAUCUGACUAUAAAUUAAUUGAUGAAUGCCCUUCAGGAAAAGAAAUAAGGAACAAAAAAGCAUACGUCAUGUCAUACGACAAAAGCACUAAGAAUGCUGAAUGGGUUUAUGAGGUAUUAAACCACGAGACUCUAGUUAAAAAUUAUGUAGCAUGUUGUCAUUUUGCCAAAUCCCUAAAUAUCCAAGGCUACGAUCGCGGUCAUCUUGCCGCGGCGGCCAAUCACAGGUGGUGUCAGGAAGCCUAUAAUGACACUUUUUAUCGCGCUAACAUGUCACCACAGGACUCUAAGUUAAACAGAGGCCUGUGGAAAGCAUUAGAGUAUACGUGUCGUGAUAAAAUAAAUGAAAUCAAGAUCCGUAACGUCCACGUGUACACUGGACCAAUACUAGACUCGAAAUCUGCAACCCAAAGAAGCAAAGUGUCGACUAAAGUAGUGCCGGAUUACUUCUAUAAGGUGAUUAUUGAGGAAAAUCAUGACGGCACAGUGUCAGAGCCGAUCUGCUAUGUGAUUUCCAAUGACAAAUCUAAAAUAAUAGAUGACAUUAGGUCGAGGAAGGAGACUAAUGUACCCAUGCAUGACUUUCUGAGGAGGUACAAGACGUCAGUGAAGGAUCUUGAGAAUAUCUCAGGCCUGAGCUUCUGUAUGUGGGCUGUUCAGAUACACAGAGAUGAGAUCAGGCGUGUGACGUGGACAGGAGAAGACGGAAGAGGAGAAUCACGUAGUGCUACGGUUGAAGUCAGAAUUAGCAUCCCAGAAAAAUCAGCACUGAAUGUUGCUGAUGAUGAGCUGGCGGAGUACAGUCAAUCACUGAGACUGAAGUAGACACACAGUGUGAAGCCCGCUCCGUCUACUAAUCAACAAACGAGAACACCCUAGCAAACGCCUAGGAAUUACUUGGAACGUGAAUUCUUAUCAAAUAUACUAUACAGUUAUUCUCUUUUAGCAUAUAACAAUCAGUAUAUAUAAGACAUAUGCUGAUUCAUCGCCUUUCAUAUGCAAU